AUGAAUCCUAGUCAAGCGUCGGAUUCACCUAAUGUGACCGCAAAUCCAGACCUUUUAGGGUUACCCUACAAGUCUGGGUGGAGCUCUGAACAUCAUGCUAACAACUGGAGUCAGUCACCAACAUAUGGGUUUUCCGGCCCGGUGGAACAAGAGACGACUGACCCAUCUUCUUUAGGUCUCUUCACGUAUCCUAAUGCAAUUGCAGAAAACUUUUCUGAAACCUACCAGUCACAAGUUUCCUUCCCCCAACUUUCAGCUGGCAGCUCCUUAGCGGGGCCGGGUCCGGGUCCGGCCCCGGGACUGGGUCCUGGAUCCCGAACGAUGAUAGGCAUACCGCCCCCUGGAAACGUACCUUCUACAUCACAUCCCGUAUCAGGUUCUGUCCCCGCCACGGGACCGCCUACGGGUCAAUUAUCCCAACAAUUACCCACACAAUUAGAAACACCUACAAUGUUAUAUAGUAUGCCACCUCCAUAUCCUUUAGGAAACCCAAAUUAUAUGGUUGGCAACCAACACCAAUUCUAUAGAGCCGAUGGUCCUACCUUCUCGGCAAACCUCUCGAAUCACCCACAAUCAGCAGAUUUAUCACAACCACAACCACAACAACCACAUCAACAACCACAUCACUAUCUACUGGCGCCUGAAGGUCGACUCCCGCAAACUUUUGAACAUAAUGAAAGUGGAAGCAUGUUGGAUCUUGACUUGAGUAAGCCUUCAAGAGCAUUAUUGGCAUGCCCUGUAGCAGGAUGUCCAUGGAAUACGGAAAUCAAGGCGGCCAAAAUAUCAGAGUUAAGGAAACAUUGUUUUUCAAGCCAUUUCUCCAAGGGAAGAUUAGAUGUUAGUAUGGAUCCUGCAACUGCUCACAAAGUGUCCAGACUUUUGUAUCGAUGUGAUUGGCCCACUUGCGGAAAAUAUUUCAGUCGUAGUGACUCUCUCAAGAGACAUGUUCGGGUUAUCCAUCAUCGUUCCGCUAACAAAUUCAAUCGGAUGCUCGAAAAAGUGUAUGAAUUACCGGAUCCUAUCAAUUCACAGACUGCACCUGAGACUACACCUGGAGACUCCUAUUCAUAG